GGACACAACGGUGCCCAUGCCGUCUCAGCGCCUCAUCCCGAUGCAGCCACCCCAAGAUGAGGCCCACAGGGCCCCAUCUGCAGCAGCAGAGGAUGCCCAAUGGUCCAGACCUGAGUCCCAGGCCUGGACGGGGAUGCUACUGCUCGGCACCUGCCUACUGUACUGCGCUCGUGUCACUAUGCCUGUCUGCACUGUCGCCAUGAGUCAGGACUUUGGCUGGAACAAGAAGGAGGCUGGUGUCCUGCUCAGCAGCUUCUUCUGGGGCUACUGCAUGACACAGGUGGUGGGCGGCCACCUCGGGGAUCGCAUUGGGGGUGAGAAGGUCAUUCUGCUGUCAGCCUCCACCUGGGGCUUCAUCACGGUUGCCACGCCGCUGCUCGCCCACCUUGGCCGUGCCCAUUUGGCCUUCAUGACCGUCUCUCGAAUUCUCAUAGGUCUGCUCCAAGGCGUCUACUUCCCGGCCCUGACCAGUCUGCUGUCUCAGAGAGUUCGAGAGAGUGAGAGAGCCUUCACCUACAGUACUGUGGGGGCCGGCUCCCAGAUUGGGACGCUGGUGACUGGGGGUGUGGGUUCAGUGCUCCUGGACUGGUGUGGCUGGCAGAGCGUCUUCUACUUCUCCGGUGGCCUCACCUUGCUCUGGGUGUUCUACGUGUACAAGUACCUGCUGGAUGAAAAAGACCUUGUCCUGGCUCUGGGCACCCUGGCACAAGGCCUGCCUGUGGCCAGGCCCUCCAAAGUGCGCUGGAGACAGCUCUUCCGGAAGCCCUCCGUCUGGGCGGCCAUCUGUGCCCAACUGUCCUCUGCUUGCUCCUUCUUCAUCCUCCUCUCCUGGCUGCCUACCUUCUUCAGGGAGACCUUCCCCGACGCCAAGGGUUGGGUCUUCAAUGUGGUGCCCUGGCUGGUGGCAAUUCCUGCCAGUCUAUUCAGUGGCUUUCUCUCUGACCACCUCAUCAGUCAGGGUUACAGAGCCAUCACAGUGCGGAAGUUCAUGCAGGUGAUGGGUCUUGGCCUGUCAAGUGUUUUUGCCCUAUGUCUGGGUCACACCACCAGCUUCCUCAAGGCCAUGGUCUUUGCGUCAGCCUCCAUUGGCCUCCAGACCUUCAACCACAGUGGCAUUUCAGUUAAUAUCCAGGACCUGGCCCCGUCCUGCGCUGGCUUUCUGUUUGGUGUGGCCAACACUGCAGGGGCCUUGGCAGGUGUGGUAGGUGUGUGUCUAUGUGGCUACCUGAUUGAGGCUACUGGCUCCUGGACAUGUGUGUUCAACCUGGUGGCUAUCAUCAGCAACAUGGGACUGGGUACCUUCCUGAUGUUUGGGCAAGCCCAGAGGGUAGACUUGAUCUCUACCCGUGAAGACCUCUAGCUCCCUGACCUGCCAAUCUCACCCAAGACCCUGAUAUCAGCAGCCUCUGGGAACAACAAACUCCAUUUGUGACACUCAAUGAAUUUUCACUUUGGUUAUGUGAGCAGAGAACAGAGACCAUGGUCUCCUGAGGAAUCCAAAGACUGGGAACAGAUGCCUGAAUCCACACAGACUGUGUCAGGACUAAGGUCCUGGCCCCUCUGAGACUCAGUGGCCCCUAAUGUCCAUGGGGACAAUCCUGCCCUCCUCGGCUGCUUGUGGGAACACCUGCCUGCUAUUAUGGAAGCUGCAGUGCUGGUGGGUGUCCCCCCAGCCCCAGUCCACAUGGGUUUGUGUCUCUGAUGGGUGUUCUCUGUGUAGAGGGUAUACUGUGUGUUGGAAGAUACCCAGGAACAGCUAUGACCCUCACCCACUCCAUGCCAGUGGUAUCUUCCUGCCUCUUUGGUCAUGACAACCAAAGAUGCCUGUAAACAUUGACCCAUGUCCCCAGGAGAGCCACAGCACUAGACAGUCCUUGGUUUCUGCUUCACCCCAAAAGCCAGGCUGCCACCCCAUACGGACAGGUGUGUUGUGAGCUAGAGGCUCUUGGCUGCCUCUGAAGACCCCACAUCCCCUGGUUCCCUUCCUGUGGAUCCCUUAGCACUACUAAUGUGUCCUGGGUAGGGAGGUGCCUGGCGCUUCUUGGGCUCUGUCUGGAUUCUCCAACUCUCACGGACCCAGAACAAGGUGAACUCCCUCUUUCUGGCCGUGUUUUUCUACCUCCCUUUUUAAUACCCCAAGGAGAUGGUGUUUUUGUGAAUUAAUAAUGAAUUCUUCAAGAUAUAUUUUAAGGAAUUGUCUUUAUAGAUAUGGUGAGUCACACCAAAGCCCUAUUUAAGUAAAAAUGUCAAACUAUUUAAAAGAAGAAUAUUAUUUUAUUUAACAGCUUUUCUUGCAUUAGCUUUUCCUAGGGAGAUAAGCUUUUUAUUAUUUUAUUUAUUAUUUAUUUUAUUAUUAUUAUUAUUGGUCUUUUUAGACAGGGUCUCCCUGUAGCCCCAGCUGUCCUGGAACUCACUAUGUAGACCAGGCUGGCCUUGA